AUGUACUGUGUAGUAACAAAAUGGCUUCGUGUACAAAGACGUUAUACUAAAGUAAUAAUUUGUGAUUGCAGGAGACAAAACAAGAAAAUUUCCUUUCUUAAGGGGGAAAAGGGGAAGGUCACGCAGGUUUGGCGUGUCCAAAGGCCGUGUGAAGACCAAGUGUGUGUCAAGCGUCCAGCUCUGUGCACACUCCGCCAGCGCUCCCCUGUCCCUGGGCGCGGCGCUGUUCGAGACAGGGAUGGGCGCCGGACCCGAGCCGAGCCGAGCCGAGCCGAGCCGAGCCGAGCGCGCAGGCGCUUCGGGGCGGGCCCGGCGCGGUUGCCGGAAGGGCGGCCCCGGCCAUGCCGAGCCUGGCCCGGUUCCUGCGGGCGCGGGCGGCUCCGGUGCGGAGCGGCGAGGCCAUGCCCGGGAAGGUGCGGGCAGGGCCAGGAGAGGGAAGCGGGGCAGGGGCGGGUGGUGCCCGCGGUGACCGCGCCUGUCCCUCUGUUGCAGGGAAAAGCAGCCGCCAAGGGCCCCGCGGAGCCGGGCGCCGCCGCGGGACCGGUGGUGGCGGCGGGCGGCGGCUCCGUGAGGGUUGCGGUGCGCGCCAAGCCCGGCGCCCGCUGCAGCGCCGUCACAGAUGUGACGGCUGAGGCAGUAGGUGUAGCUAUUGCUGCACCUCCAUCGGAAGGGGAGGCAAACGCAGAGCUGUGUCGCUACCUCUCUAAGGUGCUCCAAGUGAAGAAGAGUGAGGUUAUUUUAGAGAAGGGUGGUAAAUCACGUGACAAAGUGGUGAAGAUUUUGGUAUCAGCGACACCAGAUGAGAUUUUAGAAAAACUGAAAAAAGAAGCUUCCAGUUGACCUGAAACAAGAGCAGGAAAUAGGAGAAAGCAUCUUGGUAUAUGGACUGAUAUUCUUUCUUACUUAAUGUAGUGCUGCUGAGAAUGUGGGUAAUGACUACAGGAAGAUACUUCUUUCCCCCCUACCCCCCCUUGUUAAUAUAGGUGCUGAAUAGUUGAAGUUUUUCUGUAGGUUUGGUGAGAAAACUGAGUCUUUGUAUCUGCUUCUGUCACUACAGACUUCCUUCUGCUCUGGAGAGUUUCCUGUGGGUGAGAUUUGUCCUCUUUCCUGGUCCCUUAACAAAAUGGUUUAGUAAAUGUUUUUCUUAGUGAAGCAAAGGUUGGUUAACAAAGUGAGAGGCCUGGAGUGACAGCCUGUGGUGAGUGGUACAAAAGGACAAAUCUGGAUGGCAGAGAUGUGAAGGAGACUCUUCUCUCUGAUAUCUCACAGCAGGUACUGUGGGCACUUAGAGAUAGCUAAAAUAAAUGUCUUUGAAGCCAGUGUGCUGUUGUUGAUCACGCAGACAAACUGAAAGUAGACUCACCUGAACAACUGAAAGAAAACCAGAAGUUUUCAAUAUGAAAAACUAAUGCAGAACCCAGUCAUUGCACACGUGGGGACACUUUGUAAAAGUCUGUAAAUAGUUUCCUUAAAAGUAGAGAUACGGUCAUAUAUAUCUUUGCCAAUUGUAUGUCACCUGUAAUGACUGUUUUUAAUAAAAGAGGCAAAAAGUAGUAUCAAA